CAGUGCAAGGAGAAGAGCGCGGUCAAAGAGGUGCACACAGGCGAUCGUCGCGCGUUUUUGUGCAGCAGGAAGUGUGAACGCGAACUUGCGGAGGAACUUGUGAGCUCCCGAGAAGAAGUGAGCGAAGCUCGACUGACGCGAGAGUCCAACUCGGAGGAAAAAAGAAAGACACUCUAAGGGAGAAUGCACGGGGACAAUGAAGCAACGAUGAAGCUGCCGAUCGCGCUGGAUUUACCGAGGAAAGAACUGGACGAGUUGAUCGAUAAAGCGAAGGAUUGGGCGCUCAUGAACGGCUUGUGCUUCCGCUCCAAGAGCGACUUCAACCGGGACCUCCUGCAGUUCGCGCCGUACGCGCUCAUGCCGUCGCCGUUCCCGCGAGAGGAGUUCCAGAACGCCUGCGACAUUCAGAUCAUCCUGAACACUCUCGUACACAGAGUCGCGCACGACUACGACUUCCUGAAAGAGACCUUGCAGGAGACCGUCAAGGUCGACGACUUCACCAGAAACCUGUUCGACAUCUACGAGACUGUCCACCGAGAAGGCGCCGCGCAGAAGUUGUCACUCGCCAUUCUGCGCUCGGACCUCAUGCUGGACACCAGUUGCCCGAAGAAGGACGCCAAGAAGCUCAAGCCCCACUGCUGCUGGAAGCAAGUGGAGAUCAAUACGAUCGCCUCCGGCUUCGGCUGGUUGGGCCCGGCGACCACGCGGCUGCACCGCUUCGUCCUGCAGGAGCUCGGCUACCAGGACGAGCUAAGGAAUCUGCCGGAGAACAAUGCGUUGGAGACAUUGUGCUCGGGCAUGAUCGAGGCAUGGAGCUUGUACGGCGAGUCCAAGGCGAUCAUCUUGUUCGUCAUCGAGGACAUCACGUAUAACAUCUGCGACCAGCGUUUCCACGAGUUCGAGAUACGCAGGCAAAACCCGCGAGUGAGCGUGAUCCGCAGGAAUCUGACGGAACUGGCGGCGACUGCGAGACUGGGUGCCAACAUGGAGCUCUUAGUGGACGACCACGUUGUGUCCGUGGUCUAUUACAGAUGCGGCUACGAGCCUGGUCAGUACCACAGCCAAAAAGAAUGGGACGCGAGACUGUUGAUCGAGAGAUCGCUGGCGAUCAAGUGCCCAAGCAUUCAGUACCACUUAGCCGGCACGAAGAAGGUCCAGCAAACUCUGGCGAAGCCCGGCAUGGUCGCGCGCUUCUUGAAGGAUGAGAAGACGGCGGCGAAGGUCAAGGAGAUAUUCACCGGCCUGUACCCGUUGGACUUUGACGAACACGGUAACGCCGCCGUGGAAAUGGGCAUCUCGAAUCCACAACGGUUCGUGCUGAAACCGCAGAGGGAAGGCGGUUGUAACAACAAGUACGGCCUGGACAUUCGCAAUUUUCUGCAGUCGGUGAAAUCCGAGCAGGCUCGAGUGGCUUGGAUUCUCAUGGAUCGGCUUUAUCCGCCAGUGCACAAAAACUACAUAGUGAAACCCGGAAGUAACGCGCAAUUGGAGAUGAAGGAGCUGAUUUCAGAGCUGGGGAUAUUUGGCGUAGUUAUCGGGAGCGAUAAAGAUAUCAUUGUCAACAGGCAGGGCGGUCAUAUGCUGAGAACGAAAUUGGCCACAGAUAAUGAAGGCGGCGUAGCGGCUGGCCUGGGCGCCUGCGACAGUCCGUUCCUAAUUGAUUGAAUCGCACCGAACGAAAGAGCAAGAGAGAUAGCGAGAGUCAUCGGUCAAUUUAAUCGCGAACGUUGUAUCGAUGCGCAUCUACAUGUAGUAUUAUUUCUUGCCGAAAGCAAUAUUCACCCAUCAGAGCGAAUGUUCCUACGAAUGUUUCGAUGAAUUUAUUAUAUUUUGUACAUACAUUUAUACAGAUUUUGGAGUUGCAAAUGCAUUUGUCUGCAAACCUUUGCUACCCGCCUUGUCAAUUGACCUUUCACCUUACUACCCCACUGCGAA